UAACAAGAUUGUGGUUGGUGCAGAACAUAGACCAAAGGAAAAUGGCUAUGGUUAUGAAGACAACGCCAAUCACGGUUGCGGGUUUCGUUUCGACAAAAUCCUCCACUCUUCCACCCUUCAAAUCAUCGUUUCUCAGUUACCGCUCUGGAGCACCGGAAGUUCCUGGUAUGAGGGCAUCAUACCCUCAUAGCUUGAAACGUAAUUGUCAUGGUGGCGGUGCCCUUGGAACUCAAAUGAAUCUUUACAGCAGGUUUGCUAGAGUUAUCAAGUCUUAUGUUAAUAUCAUUAUAAGCUUCUUUGAAGAUCCCAAGAAGAUAUUAGAACAAGCUGUGCUGGAUAUGAACAGUGAUUUGAUAAAGGUUCGCCAAGCUACAGCACAAGUUCUCGCAUCUCAAAAACAGUUAGAAAGCAAGUACCAAUCUGUCCAAAACGCUUCUGAUAAAUGGUAUGGAAAGGCACAACUUGCACUUCGGAAAGGAGAUGAGGAUCUUGCCUCUGAGGCACUUAAGAGAAGGAAGUCGUAUGCCGACAAUGCAACUUCUUUAAAGACUCAGCUUGAUCAGCAAAAGAAAGUUGCUGAUGAUCUUCUGUCCAAAACACGGCUUUUGGAAAGCAAAAUUCAGGAAGCAAAGUCAAAGAAAGAUACUCUUAAAGCAAGAGCUCAGUCUGCAAAGACUUUAACCGUAGUCAGUGAGAUGGUGGGCAAUAUCAGCACAAGCAGUGCCCUUGCAGCUUUUGAUAACAUGGAAGAAAAGGUAUUAACCAUGGAAGCUCAGGCAGAUGCAUUGAAUCAGUUGUUCACUGACAAUCUUGAGGGGAAGUUCGCACUGCUGGAGAACUCUUCUGUCCAUGAUGAUCUUGCAGAGUUAAAGAAAGAAUUAUUUGCAAGCUCCAAGAAGCUAGAACUUCCCCCUGGAAGAAAUGUUUCCAGUAACAAAGAAUUUCCAUUCCUUGCGAUUUAGAAAGAACUUGAUGGCUCGGAAGAGGAGCAAGGGGAUACUUACUAGCUUCUAGCUUCUCCCUUUUCAGCACUUCACUUUUUCUGGAGUAAUAAUUGCUCUAUUUUACCAGUUUUCUUGGAAUUUUUUUAGUAACAAUUAGUUAUAAAUGUAAGUUUAGUCUCUAAUGAUCACUGCUUUAAUCAGAUCAAGUUUUUCUCUGGUCUUCAUUUCUGAUUCCUUUAGUUAGAAAUUGGAAACAUUUGUAAAAUGCAUGAAACAUAGUUUAGAAUAAGAUUUUUGGAAUAAACCUUCUGAGGAAACUUAUGGAAAAAAGCUUUUCGAGAAACACAUGAAAUACAUUUUGGAAAGAACGUUUUCGCAAGUUUUUUGGAACAAGUUUUUUUCUCUUUGUUAACAUUCUUCCUCUCUUCUUUCUCUGCGACAGAGGCAAUGAUAAGGGGUAAUUUAGUGUUAUUAUAUU